UAAGAACAACCAACCAAACAGAAGCCACAGCCGAAGCAAUAAUUUACUGUAACUGAGUUUUUUCCAGAGAGAAAAAGAAAGAUGAGUAGUAGUGGGAAGAAAUAUUCAGUAUCCUUGGAAAACAUGGAAGAAGUUGAAGGUGUAUUCAAGAGAUUUGAUGCAAAUGGAGAUGGUAAGAUAUCAAGCACAGAGUUAUCAGAUGUAUUAAAAGCACUUGGAUCUGAGACAUCCCCAGAAGAAUUGAAACAAAUGAUGGAUGAAAUUGAUAAAGAUGGUGAUGGAUUUAUAGAUCUGAAAGAGUUUGCUGAUUUUCAUCAUGGUACUACUGAUGGAUCUAAUAUUAAUGGUGCUAAUGUUGCUGAUGGGAUUACAGAGUUGAAAGAUGCUUUUGAUAUGUAUGAUAAAGAUAAGAAUGGUUUGAUUUCUGCUACUGAGUUACAUAUGGUUUUGAAAAGUUUGGGUGAGAGUUGUACUGUUCAUGAUUGUGAGAAGAUGAUUGGUUCUGUUGAUGCUGAUGGUGAUGGUAAUGUUAAUUUUGAAGAGUUUAAGAAGAUGAUGACUAAUUCUACUCCUAAAUCUGAAGAAUCUUAGAUGAUGAUGAUGAUUGUCUUGCUCUAUACUCCAAAUUGUCACCUUAAUUUCCUACAACAGGUACUUGUUCAGCUGUUCUGGGGAAUUAUGAAUGUGGUUAUCUUUUAAUUUUUAGUUUUUACUUACUUAAUUACUCACCGGAAAGUUUGAGAUCUGUUUCUUUUCUUUAGUCUGUAAUAAUUUGACUGACUGUAGUUGUUUGGAACAGAGAGUAAUUAUGAAUGAAAUGGAUCUUGGCUUUUCAA